GUCUAAGAUAAGCCAGGAGGGCAAACAAACAGUAUAAAAAGGGCUCGGAGCUCCAGGCUCCUCAUCAGCUCUCUUGCCUUCCUCCUCCAGCGAGCCUGGUAAGCCUCUUCUCCAUCCAACCUCUUCGUAAGGAUUUCUGCAUCGCAGGAGCUGGUUUGCCUCCACCACAGAAAGAUGACUUUCAUCCAAGGCCAGUGCGAGGAUGACUGUUACUUCCCCUGCAACUAUGGGAACCUGUACAGCUACCGGGGCUAUGACUGUGGGAGUCCCUGUGGCUACCGGGGCUAUGGGGGCCUCCAUGGCUACCGGGGCCUCUUCGGCUUUGGGGACCGGUACAGCCAUGGCGGUCUGUAUGGUUACCGGGGCAUUUAUGGCUCUGGGGACUGCUACGGCUAUGGGGGUCUGUAUGGUGGCUACAGGGGCUUCUAUGGCUCUGGGGACUUCUAUGGCUACCCAGGCUACUACCUUGGCCGGUAUGGCUACCCCUUUGGUUCACGAUAUGGCCAAAGAUUUGGAUACGGGAGCUGCUACUCUUGUUAAACCCAGUGGGAACUUCCCUGAAAUGAAGAUCAACUCAGACCUGGCAAGCACGGAUUGAUGACAAAUCUCGGCAGCGGCGGUCCCUGAUGUGCGGAGCCCUGGUCACAGCAACCACCUUCCACAGAGGCGUGGAGAGCUCUGUGCUGCUGUCGAAGUGCUUGCGACAAACCAUCUUUGUUCCGCUUUGUGUCCACUUGCUCUCUUGCCACCCGAACUCUCCUCUUGAUCGAAAGCUUACUUCUCCUUGGUACUGCAGUUCUUGGUAAACUGGCUUUUAUGUUUGUUGCAAUGAUGUACAAAACAUUAACCUUGAAUGAAUGGUAUAGGCGGGGUGUAAUGUGUCUCUGGGAAUGUAGUCUUCUGCCUUUCACUCAAAUUAAAACUUACAUUGCAUCAA